CUGGAAGCUUGAUUUAUUUUGCUCAACCGGGUUAUCAUUGGGGGAAAGAAUAAAAUAAAAGGAAGCAAUUCAUAUCGAACGUCUUUGUUGUUCUUUUAUAAAGGAGGCGAGAAGAUGCCUCGUUCCAGCCAGUGGCUUCCUGCUUUCGCCUAAACUAAACGGUGUAAUUUUGUGACAAAUGUCAAUCCCUCGCGAUUCGACAGUGAAGAUGAAGGGGACAAUCGAUUGGUGCAAGCACAUAGUAAUACGAUGCCCAGUACAAACACAAAUUUUAUACGCAAUCCACAAAUAUUGACCCUAGUUGCUGUUGUUGCAGACAGACUUGUAUCAUUCUCUAAUUCAUCCGACAACGCUCGGUUUGAUGGUGUUUGCGCUAGAAUUAGUCUCGUCGGUUGAGAUUAACGUUUUAACAAACUAACACGAGCAUACGCAUAUGCAAUUUGCACUCCCAAGACGAGACGAAGGCCAAAAGAGAGGACCAAAGCCACCACUUCAGAUCAGAGUCGGGGCAGAAUGCUUCCCCUUUCCAAUUCCUCGUCACAAGUUAAGGACCGCGGUGUCCAUGGGAAUCCCAAGCGUACUAUUACUGCGUUCGAUUUCAAGAAGGCGUUUAAUUUUGUCCGCUCCCAUGUUUCUUUCCACCAAUUCGCAUGGGCCCUCAUUCUUUUUCUCUUGGAAUUUUGUAUCUUCCUAGCCUUCACUGCCACCACUCGUGCUCCCAGUCCUCCCACAGCCGCCGACCGAUUGUCGCCCGUCCGUCGUCCCCAGCUCCAGGGGACGCCGCCGGAACAGGUUAGUCAACAGCUGCUGGUUCCUCCCCAGCAUCCCGAUGACCGAGCACAAUGCAAGUAUGGAAGGGUUUAUGUAUACGACCUUCCUCCAAUUUUCAACAAGAAACUGCUGGAGAAUUGCCAGGAUUUAGACCCCCGGAGAUCCCAGUGCGCGGCGGUGUCCAACGACGGGUUCGGACCAAACGCCACUACGCUCGCCGGCACGGUCCCGCGAGAGCUCGCUCAUGCUUGGUACUGGACCGACCUUUUCGCCGGCGAGAUUAUCUUUCACGCUCGGAUUUCCACCUACAGGUGCAGAACCAUGGAGCCAGAAUCGGCUGCGGCAUUCUACGUGCCCUUUUACGCUGGGCUGGCGGUUUCCAAGUAUCUGUUCACAAACUACACUGCGAAAGAGCGCGAUGCUCCGUGCCAGAAUUUGCUCCGGUGGAUCAAGGGCCAACCGCAGUGGAAGAGAUCCAACGGUUCGGAUCAUUUUCUUAUGCUGGGGCGUAGUUCGUGGGAUUUUAGACGGGCCCGCGAUGGAGACUGGGGGACUAGCUUCCUCCUCAUGCCCCUCAUGAGACAAAUGUUCCGCUUAACGAUAGAAAAGAGCCUUGGGGACCCACUGGAAGUCAGCGUACCCUAUCCCUCCGGAUUCCAUCCCCGGACCACCUCGGAAGUUGGGCAGUGGCAGGAAUUUGUUCGGAGUCGUAAACGGUCGAGCCUCUUCACGUUUGUUGGGGGAAAACGCGGGUAUAUCAAGAACGAUUUCAGGGCUUUGUUGCUGGAUCAGUGUUACGAGGAGUCGGAUUCGUGCAAAGCUGUGGACUGUGCCAAGACCCCAUGCUUGGACGGCGCUUCCUCGGUCCUGGAGGCCUUUCUGGACUCGGACUUUUGUCUGCAGCCCAGGGGGGACUCGGUCACCAGGAGGUCCACGUUCGACUGCAUGCUGGCCGGCUCCAUACCCGUUUUUUUCUGGGAGGGAACCAUUGGGGGCCAGUACGAGCUGUACAUGUCUGAUCAACCCGAGUCCUUUUCGGUCUUCAUCCACCGGAAUAAAGUGAGGAACGGGACUUCGAUAAGGAAAGUGUUGGAGGGAUACAGCAGGGAAGACGUCAAGAGGAUGAGGGAGAAAGUGAUUGACAUGAUCCCGAGGAUUUCGUACGCUUUUCCAGCUGCGGAGGGAGGGUUGGGCAAUCUCAAAGAUGCCUUCGACAUAGGCGUGGAGGAAGUGCUAAGAAGAAUAGUAAAAACUGCCAAAAUCCAUACGGGUCGGGACCCGUAUCAUGAAUGAGAUCACGUUCCCAGAGUAAGUCGAUGGCUACGGACGACAACGACCCCCGCCGCCGGGGGGGGGGGGGUUGCACUCAGCAACUCACGGCUCUAUUUUUUCUUCUUUUUCUCCCAUACAUACUUUGAUUGUUUUGUUCAAUUACUUAUUUUUUUGUCUCUUUUUUCAAAGUGAAUUUGUAACCAUUUUAGAAAAGGAUGUAUGAGAGACAUCACACUCGCUUUUAAGGGAUAGAUAUUUUUUUUCAACAA